AAGUGCGGCCCUAGCCAGUUGCAUCUUUCUCACCUUUGGACGCAGAAGUUGACAGGUCGUGACAGUGGGGAGUGAAUUGCUUUAACUCCUUAAAGCAGGUUGAGUGUAGCUCUUCUUGAGAGAGGGGUUCCUUGGUAAGGGUCCUUCGGAGACCUAGUGAAUUUAGGAGUAUGUCCUUUCUUCACCCCCUGUGCUCUCUCUUCUCUGCCUUUCUUUGCCUACUGCGCCCCCAAAUCACCUCACGUACACGUAGAAGAAAGUUUUACACAGAAUGAGCCCCGUGUUGACGUAGGCAUCCCCUCCCCUCCUAUCUGGACAGAAGCCCAGAAGCAAGCAAGUGGGGGAGAUGCAGGAAUAGGGAUCGGUUGGAUCUCUGUGGUAAGGGUCCCGAGGCGGGGCUGAUUAAGGGCCAGCCAAGAGUAUUGGCUCUGGACCUACAAAUAGAUCAAGAUUUUCCCUCCUCCAUCAAUCUCUUAAAUCCCAAUGAGGUCACUGCAAUGAGAGAGAAUCAGAUCAACAGAGAGGGGGAGGAAGAGGACGACGACGAAGGAGAAGAAACCCAGACGGAAAAAGGCCAUCAGACAAGGUCGCUUUUUCUGGCGACACAGCAACUGCGAGGAGCGUGGUGCUGAAUAUCAUCCACCCGCUCAGCCUGGGGACCAAGGGACUCGUAGAAGCACUUUGUGUUACCACGAAAACAAAGGAAAGGAGACGAGAGGGAGGGAGAAGCUCUGAGCCGUUCCGCUUUGGAUUUCGGGGAAGCAAAGCUCAUCUACUUGGCAAAGGAAAAGGGAGCCUGAAAGGGUCUGGGAGGAUAAGGAGGGAGCGGGUUUCCCUGCGGAGACUUGGGACGCGGCAGAACUCUGGACAGCGCCUCCCGAGCGUCGCUCGAGCUCCCUGGUUCCUCCAGGUUUCCAGCUCCUUAUUGAAAGCCCUUUCUACCGGUGUACUCUCCUCUCCUGGACUUCGACCACGAACCCAGGAAAAUCCUUCUACGAUCACUGUCUGAACGUGCCAGGGUGUGGAGCGGCUCCUUGCCUCUGGCUGGGUCAGGGAAGAGGGUCUCCGGUGCUGGAAAUCCAGUCCUUGUGGAUAAUGCUUCGCUGGUGAAGAAAGAAAAGUUUUGGGGUCUGGUAGGGGGCAGAAGGGGUAAGGAAAGUAGUGGAAGAAAGAAGGUGGAUGGUUGGUUUCCGUCUCUGAUCUGGAAGGAAUGAUGACCGAGGAAGGAUGUGCACCAGCGGCCAGAUUAUUGGGAGCCUCUUGGUGCUCUCUGUGCUGGAGAUAGGGCUGGGGGUGUCCAGCGUGGCCGUGGGGGCAGUGAGCUUCAGCCUGGCCCUCCGAGAGCACAAGCCGCAGCUUGGAGACUCGUCCCCGUUUCUUCUUUGCGGCAUAUGUGGAAUACUGUGCGCCAAAAAAAAAUCUGGACUCGUCAUGAUCAUCUUUUCCGCCUGCUGCAUCUGUGGACUCAUUGGGGGCAUCCUGAACGUUCAGUUCCUUCGGGCUGUGACAAAGAAGACCUCUUCCCUGUAUCCUCUGCAUCUCGCCUCCAUGUCUCUUGCGUGCAUUGGGAUCGGGGGCUGCACCCUCUCUUCAUGGCUCACGUGUCGACUAGCCAGCUAUGAACAGAGGAGAAUGUUCUCAGAAAGGGAGCAUUCUCUGCAUCACUCUCAUGAAAUGGCUGAGAAAAGAUUGAGGGCUAUUGAAAUAACCGACUUGCCCAGCUGCCCGGUGGUGCCCCCGACACCAGAGUUACCUACAAGGAAAUGACAGACAACAUGAGCAAUGGAGGACCACAACUGGUAUUUAAUGGAAGAGUCUAAUCAAUAUUUUAAAGAAUUGAUUAUUUUUUAGGAUUUUCAUGAGGCAAGGAAAUACCAAAGGACUAGGAGAUAAAAUUAAAACAGUUCUUGCAUUUGCUGUUAUCCCUCCUGAGCACUCACUAAAAUUAUUCUUCCUCAAUUUUGCCUCACUAUUUUCUUCAGCUUUUUUAACUGGGUGAGAAACUUUCCAGAAAUGCUCUAGUAUGUAAUAUCAACCGACUUUCUAAAUUGUGCUAAAAAGACUUUUCAGGGGAAAAAAAGGAAUGGAUAAAACAGAAAGGUUCAUAUUCUACACAAACACUAUUUGACUAGCAUGAGUGUUAGAUUUAUAAUGACAUGUUUCAUAUAAGUAAUUAAAAAGUGCAAGUGUCAAGAAAUAAUAAUUUAUUGAUGUCUUUGUUCUGAAAGACGGUGGCUUCAAAGAAUGCCACGAUUCAAAACCUCAUCAAUGCCUUGUUGUAAAAACAUUGUAAUUAUUUUCAAUUUGUGAAUGAACUAUAUUUCAUAAUUUAUUUGUAAAUUACCAAAAAACCUAAAGCAUAAAAAAGAGGUUUUUUUAGAGAGAGACAGUAUUAAUCUGUAUGAUAUUUUUGCACAAGAGUGAAAAGUUGUAAAUGCAUAUCAUGUAAGGAAAAUAAAUAUGUUUGAUUUUACUGUGCAGGUUGGUGGGGAAGUUCAUGAGUGAAUCUAAGAAUAAAAUAAAGUAUAUGUGUGUGUAUAUAUACUGUAAAUAUAAAAAAUAUAUAUAGCACAAAUUUAUAGCAUUCAUGAAUGUAAAUAAGUAGUAGAAAAGAAAUUGUGAUGCUGUGGGGGUAUUAUCAAGAUUUUAUUACCACGGAAAUGAGACAGCAAUUAUUCAAGGCUUUUCUGUGCCUACAAAGUCACAUUUAAUUUCUACUAAAUUUUUUCAUUUUUAUUGCUUUUAUUAUGUCUGCUGUGUGUAAAUAUCAUUGCGGCUGUUAUUUAUGGAGUUACGUGAUCUGAAUAGUGUAGUAUCAAGAUAGAUUACUUAAUUAUUUGGCUAUAUUACUAUUAUGAUAUUUAUGUAAGAACAAUUAUUAAUAUUGAUUUAUAAACAUAACCACUUUAAUCAAAUACUUCCACAUUAUAAAUAUAGGCAUAAUGACUUGUGAUUAUUCAUGAUAUUUAUAUUUCAAACACUAUAAGCCCAAUUAAAUUAUAUAAAAGGACAGGUGAUGUAUGCCCAAAAGGUGAAGUUACAACUAGCUUUGUUAAAAUUUAAUUUAGGUUUUUUGUUUUGUUUUACAAUUCACGUGGAAAAAUACAGACAGACCAUUUUUAUGAAUGCAUAUAUCCGAAGAACCUGAAAGAGUUCUCUGUAGAAGGAAACAAAAAGAUAGGCUUAAAUUUAUAUAGCUAGAUUCAAUCCUUGUCUUCCAUAACGGAAUGUUAGAAUGGCAACCUGUGACGAUGAAUAUAGGUGAGAAAAUAGCAUGGUCUUGGAAAAUAUUUCUGAGAGUGUAACUUAUGGCAACAGAUAAAGAAAUCUAAUGUUUUAAAAUAUAUAACUCACUGUAUUUAUGGUAUACUUUUAUUUUUCCUCAAAGCAGUUUUCAAGUCAUUUUUUAUGAUUUGCUUACUGAAUUAUAGAUAAAUUUACACCUUUAAUAUCUAGUAUGAGAACAUGUUAUCAUUUAGAAGCAAUAUAUAGGUUUUAAUUGCACUAGCAAAGUACAAAUAAUUCCAACUAAUGGAAAUCUAAAGGUCUUUUAGUUUUAGAAUAACUUGAUCAUCACCUACCCUAUUUAAAUCAGCUUAUAAACAAAAUCUGGCUAUAUAUGUUUAAAAGAAAUGACUGGACCAUGUUGUUUGGUAUAGUUUUUGAAGUCUCCCAACUCAUAUGAAUGACUUCAUUAGCCAGUAAAUUACAGAAGUUGCCCAUAAAUGUAGCCUCAAAUAAUGAACCAACAUCAUCACUAUUCAUUUGAUGCCAUAAUCAGGCAUGCUCUUUGUCACUGAAAAUCUAAACUAUAGAGUGAAGGUAUUUUGUGGUUAAAUGAUUCUAUUGAAUUUAUGCAAGGAUGUAGUUUUAUACUGAAGGACUAACUGCUGACUCUAAUUUUAGGUGGCGUUUCUUUGUCGACAUAUUUGUACAAUACAGAGUUAUAAUACACCAGUAAGAUGUUUUAAUGCCUUUUGAAAUAAUACACGGAAUCAGCCAUUAAAGGACAAAAGUAGGUCUAUCACUGCUUUGACAUAAAGUUAAGAAGCAGUGUCAUCAUCAUAAUUAUCCAAGUAGUCUACAGUGUAUUUAGCCAAGUAUAGCUACAUAUUUAAUGUAAUUAUUUCAACCCAAUCUUUUCAGGACUCACUUAUUUAGAGUGAUUUAUUUGGGAAGUGUGAUUCUUUUUGAGAUAAGUGAAGGAAGUUAGAAAGACUUUGCAAGUACUUGAAAAUCUGAUUUUCAUAAUACAUUGAAAUGUGAACUAGAAUAUUUCAAGUGACUAUCUUACAGUUUUAGUAUGAGCCUACCCUUGGGAAAAAGUCAUGUGAUACUAAAUUAGAAAAAAUAUGUGAAACUAAUGUGGCAGUGUGCUGUCGAGACUAGCUACAAAAAGGGGCAGUAAUUUUAAGUAUAAAAGAAUAAAAGUGGACUCUGCUUAAAAAAUUUUCUACAUAUAUGUGUGUGUCUCUGGACACAUACAUACACAUAUAUACAACUGUUUAGAAGUGGAACAUGGUAUAAUGAGUCUAUUGCUAUGUCUGGGUAAUAAAAUGGUGUGUUUUGAAACUAACUGGUGUGAGCUUUCUUUCCAUCGUGAUACAAAAAUUAGUUUCCCCCGAUAGCUAGAUGAAUAAAUGUGCUGUUCUGAGAUUAGAGGGAACAGGAUGCUGUAAAUGAGGAAGCAGAGAUAGUCCCAGCUAGAGGAUAUAGAAUUAAGAAAGGGUAUUAUUUGAGAUAGAAAAGAUUAAAGUAUGUUCAAAUGUAGACAGGAAGUGGUUGAAGAUACAGGACAAAACGAGCAUGAUGAGAAAGUGAGGUCCCUGAGGAGGCAGGAGGUAAUAAGAUACAGAUCAUAGGAGAGAGAAUCAACUAGAGAUAGCACUGAGAUUGCAAAUCCCACAAAUGAAACCUUUAAAUGAAAUAUUUAGAGAACUCUGCUGACCUAUUUAGAUUUGUCAGAUUGGUUGUUACUGGCAUUUGAGGGGGACAGUACUUCACUGUGCAGACUGCACUAUGCAUUUCAGGCCAUUAAGCAUCUCUGGUCCCCACCCACUAAAUGCCAGGAGGACACUUUUGUUAUAACAACUGAAAAUAUCCUAACAAACUUUCACCUGUCUCUUUGGUAGGGAACUAUUGCCCCCUAAUUUAGAACCACUGAGGAAAACCCUUGAACAUGAUCCAGAGUGACCAAUGCUAGUGCAACUCACAGGUCGAGACUUGAAUUGCUCAGGGUCAUAAACUCACUGUUCUAAGUUCUGCUGUAGUAUUUGAUAUAGUAGCUACAAUCCUGUCCACAUGUGAUUGUUUAAAUUUAAAUAUAAAUCAGUUAAAAUCAAAUAUAUUCAGUUUCUCAGUUGAACUAGCCACAUUUCAAGUUCUGAACAGCCACAUAUGGACAACAUCUCAGAAAGCCUACUGGACGAUGCUAGUCAAAAGUACAUUGAGGGGAACCGUCCCUCACCCACAGUACUUAGUAUAAAGGUUCUUUCACAGUCAACCAAUUUUCAUUAUGAUAGAAUUUGGGAAAAGAGUUGGUAAACACUCGUGGAAUUUGUAGUUGAUGAACCAAUUAAAUCUAAGGACUGAACAAAACUAGCAAAAAACUAGCAAAAAUACAGUGUGGGCCAAACACAUAAUAAAGUUGAGAAGUUGCUUUAGAGAUUUCAUGUUUAAAAAAAAAAUCU